AUGAACCAAAGCAGUGUGUCYGAGUUCCUCCUCCUGGGGCUCCCCAUCCAGCCASAGCAGCAAGGCAUGUACUAUGCCCUGUUCCUGGGCAUGUACCUGACCACGGUGCUGGGGAACCUGCUCAUCAUCCUGCUCAUCAGGCUGGACUCUCGCCUGCACACCCCCAUGUACUUCUUCCUCAGCCACUUGGCCUUUUCUGAUGUCUCUUUAUCAUCUGUCACUGUCCCUAAGAUGCUCAGGAACAUGCAGACUCAGCACUUAUCCAUCCCCUAUGAAGGAUGCAUUUCUCAGAUGUAUUUUUUCUUACUUUUUGUAUGUGUUGACAAUUUUCUUCUUGCAGUGAUGGCCUAUGACAGGUAUGUGGCCAUUUGCCACCCCCUCCACUACGCCAUCAUCAUGAGGAAGGAGCCGUGUGUCUUACUGGCRSCUGGGUCCUGGUUCUUCUCUUGUGUACAUGCCCUCUUGCAUACCCUCCUCCUGWSCCACCUCAUGAGGAGGGACAAUCAGAGCAGCGUGUCCGAGUUCCUCCUCCUGGGGCUCCCCAUCCAGCCAGAGCAGCAAGGCAUGUACUACGCCCUGUUCCUGGGCAUGUACCUGACCACGGUGCUGGGGAACCUGCUCAUCAUCCUGCUCAUCAGGCUGGACUCUCGCCUGCACACCCCCAUGUACUUCUUCCUCAGCCACUUGGCCCUCACUGACAUCUCUUUCUCCUCAGUCACGGCUCCAAAGAUGCUCAUGAACAUGCUGAUGCAGACUCAAUCUAUCUCCUAUGCUGGGUGCAUUUCUCAGGCAUAUUUUUUCYUAUCUUUUGUGGAUCUUGACAGCUUCCUUCUGACCUCAAUGGCCUAUGACAGGUAUGUGGCCAUCUGCCACCCUCUUCACUACACCAGAAUGAUGAGACAGAGCCUCUGUUUCCUGCUAGUUCUUGUGUCCUGGGUCUUGUCCUUUGCCAUUGCCCUUGUGCACACCCUCCUCCUAGCCCGUCUCUCUUUCCUUAGAGGCAACACUGUUCACCACUUCUUCUGUGACCUCUCUGCCUUACUCAAGCUGUCCAGCUCUGACACCACCAUCAAUCAGCUGGUCAUCCUCACUGUAGGAGUGGUGGUCAUUACCCUGCCACUCCUGUGCAUUCUGGUCUCUUAUGGCCACAUUGGGGCCAGUGUCCUGAGAAGACCCUCCAUCAAGGGCAUCUGCAAAGCCUUGUCCACAUGUGGCUCCCACCUCUCUGUGGUUUCUCUGUACUAUGGAGCCAUUAUUGCACUCUACUUUGUCCCCUCAUCCAAUAACUCUAAUGACAAGGAUGUCAUUGUGUCUGUGCUGUACACUCUGGUCACUCCCAUGCUGAAUCCCUUCAUCUACAGUCUGAGGAAUCGGGAUAUGAAAGGAGCUCUCAGAAACAUCCUCACCUGGAAUCUACAUCUACAAAUUAGUGUGAGACAGAGCUUAAAGGCAAUGGACUAA